UAACAUUAUUAUCGUAGACAAAGAAGAUUUCUACCAAUCAAUUAAUUUUUUUUUAUCACAUAAUUAACUAAUUUGGUUUUUUUUUUUAUUUUUCUUUCAUUAGGUUUUUAGGAUUCAUUCCAAUCGGUUCAUUCGACUUUAGCAAGUGUAGAAUGUGAAGCAAAUACAGUUUACAGUUGGAAAUAUCGAUGGAAUAUUCUCCCAGAAAAAAGGAAUGCAAUGAGCCAAUUUUAGAAACGCCUGAUUGAUCAGCAGGCAAAAAACAACAAAAAUAUCUUUGAAUCUUGAUAAAAAAAUAUAAAAAGAAAUCAAUCAAAAAAAAAAAAAAAAAUUAAAUCAAGUUAGAAUAAAUAAAUAAAUUAAUAUUUAUAAUGGACGAAUCUGCAAUGGAUUUUUUGGCUUCUGAUAAUCACACUUCAGCUAUGGAUGAUUUGUGGGCGAAUUAUAAUAAUGAUUCGUGUUCAAUGCCUGACAGUAUGACAUCAUCAAGAGACGAUGAAUGGGGUGGUAUAUUUUGUGAUAAAGAUAUUAAAACAGCAUCUGAUGUUAUAUUAAAAGAUCAAUUAAUAACUGAUGCAUCAUUGGGUGUUAAAAGACCAAUUAAAAGUGAACAUAGUUAUAGUAUGCUUGUAACAAGCCCACCACCAAGUCCAGAUGAUAAUCAACAAAUACUUAAUUUAUAUUCACCAUCAACAAUUCAUCAUUUAAGUCAAUUACAUUGGUUUCAAAAUAUUAAAACAGUUGGUCUUCAAAAUAAAAUUGAUGAAAUGGAUGAAGAAUGUUAUCCUGCAAUUUCAAUGAAUACAGCAUCUGGACGUGAUUCAUUAAAUUCACUUAAAAAUAAUAUUAAUAUUAAUAAUAAUAGUAAUAAUAAUAAUAUUAUUUUAUCAUCUCCCCUAGUCAAUAAAAAAAGUCCUCCAUCACCUUUACCAACAGAAUUAGAAGAACUUAUUAUUAAGGGUGAGCCAGUAAGUGAACCAAGUAGUCCAGCACCAGAUUGUCUCAACUUGGAAUAUAUUGAUGAUACAAAUAAAUUAGAUGCCAUGAUAUCACCACAUAGUAUACAUUUUAAUGAUGUUAAAACAUUACAAAAUAGAAAUGAAUUAGAAGAAGAAUUAUAUGAACGUAUUGAUAUUCCAUUUGGAAAUCAUGAUACUGGAAAAAUAGUUAAUCGAAGAGGAUCAAAUAGAGGUCUUCCACCAACACCACCAAGUAGUGCUAGUUCAGAUAGUGAAGGUUUACCAUCAGCAUCAAGUUCACCACAACAUGGUUAUUCACAAAAUUCAAUAAUUGGACAAAAUAUUAAUGCUUAUCCUUAUCCACGUCUUUAUGUUUCAACAAAUCGACAAUCAGGAAGACAUCCAAUUCAAACUGAUCUUAUAUCAACUCAACUUAAAGGUGCAACUGGACCACUUAUAUUAACUGAAGAAGAAAUACGUACAUUUAGAAAUGAAGGAUAUGAUAUACCAGAAAAAAUGCCAUUAACAAAAAUACAAGAAAAAUUAUUAAAAAAAAUAAGAAGAAAAAUUAAAAAUAAAAUAUCAGCACAAGAAUCAAGACGUAAAAAAAAAGAAUAUAUGGAUGAUCUUGAAAGAAAAGUAAAAUAUUUAUCAAAUGAAAAUUCAUCUUAUCAAAAUCGUUUGAAAAAACUUGAAACAACAAAUAAUGAUUUACUUAAAGAGCUCAAACGUUUACAAGAACUUGUUGGAGGUCAAUAAUAACAUGUUGACUUUUUUUUUUUUUGAAUAUUUUAAAGUUUAUAAUAGUUAAUUUUUUUUUUUGCGUUAAUAGAUUAAUAUUAAUAUUACAAGGAAUAAGUCUUCCCAAAGUAAAUAAUUCAAUUAUUAUUUAUAUAAUUAAUUAAUAUAAUAAAAUGAGUGAUUUAAACUCAGGAUUCAACUCGUUGUCAGUCCACACGAGUGCCUAAAUGACUAAAUAAAAAUUAUAUAUUUUCAAUAUUUAUAUAAAUGAAAAUAUUUAUUUUUCAUCUAAAUAAAUUAUUAGUACAAUAAUGCAUUUAAUUAUAUUUUAUUAAAUAGAUAUUAAAUAAAAAAAAAAAACUCGUCCAGAUAAUUCAACAGCUAAUAAACAGACUGUCUCAAUUCCAAGUUUGUUGAAAAAAAAAAAACAGAGUGAUAUUUUAUGAAAAAAAAAAUAUAUAUAAAU